AUGAGCGCCGGCCUAGAGCAGAAGGAGCAGCAGGAGAGGCUGCGGGAGGCCGCGGCCUUGGGGGACCUCCGGGAGGUGCAGAAACUGGUGGAGAGCGGGGUGGAUGUGAACUCCCAAAAUGAGGUCAACGGCUGGACCUGUUUGCACUGGGCCUGUAAACGCAAUCAUGGUCAGGUGGUCUCUUACUUGUUAAAAUCAGGAGCCGACAAAGAGAUUCUUACCACGAAAGGAGAAAUGCCAGUCCAGUUGACAUCAAGGAGAGAAAUCAGAAAGAUAAUGGGAGCGGAAGAAGAUGAUGAUGAUGAUGACAACCUCCCCCAGAUGAAGAAGGAGUCAGACCUGCCCUUUGUUCCCAACUACUUGGCCAGUCCAGCUUUCCCUUUUAUCUACACCCCCGUGGCAGAUGAUUCGGCCCCGCUGCAGAAUGGGGGCCCCACCACACCCCCUGCCUCACCCCCUGGAGACGGCUCCCCUGCAUCGCUCCCUGCUGGGGAACGCCCCCUGCUGGGGGCCUUUCCGAGGGACCACCCCUCUUCGGCUCUGGCGCAGAAUGGGGACGCGUCUGCCCCCUCUGCUCGCCUCAGAACACCAGAAAGCACAAGACCUGUUUGUCAGCCACCAGUGAGUCAGAGCCGAUCACUGUUCUCUUCUGUCCCGUCCAAGCCACCAGUGUCUCUGGAGCCUCAAAAUGGGACAUAUGCAGGCCCAGCGCCAGCGUUCCAGCCGUUUUUCUUCACUGGAGCAUUUCCGUUUAAUAUGCAAGAGCUGGUACUCAAGGUGAGGAUUCAAAACCCAUCUCUUCGAGAAAAUGACUUCAUUGAAAUUGAACUGGACCGGCAGGAGCUCACCUACCAAGAAUUGCUCAGAGUGAGUUGCUGUGAGCUGGGUGUUAAUCCAGAUCAAGUGGAGAAGAUCAGAAAGUUACCCAACACCCUGGUAAGAAAGGACAAAGAUGUUGCCCGACUCCAAGAUUUCCAAGAGCUGGAACUGGUUCUAACAAUAAGUGAAAAUAGUUUUCUGUUCAGAAAUGCUGCAUCCACACUGACAGAAAGGCCUUGUUACAACAGGAGAGCUUCAAAACUGACUUACUGA